GCCUCACCGCCAUGUAGCUUUAGCCCACAGCUCCCAUCCUCACCGGCGGGUUAUUUUCAUUCUGUUCCCAUUAUUAUAACCACAUACUCAUAAUAUUAUAUAACCCAAAACAAAUAGCAUUACACAAAAUCAAACAGAAUUCAUGGAGAAGAAGAAUAUGGGAUUUGAAGAGACCGAGCUCCGGCUCGGUCUACCGGGAAAUAGCGGUGGAGGCGGAGGCGAAUCGGGAGAUGUCGGAGCUCGGAAACGAGGUUUUGCUGAAACUGUCAGCAGUGACACCAUUUCCAAGGUUGAUCUCAAGCUUAACCUUUCUUCGAAAGAAGUCGCCGGGAAUGACAUAGCUGUCGAUCCCAACCCCGGUAACAAAGACAAGACUGUCCUUGCAACGGAUUCGGCCAAACCUCCGGCUAAGGCACAGGUGGUGGGAUGGCCACCGGUUCGAUCGUUCCGAAAGAACAACAUGUUGGCAUUCGUGAAGGUGAGCAUGGAUGGCGCGCCAUAUCUGCGUAAAGUGGACUUGAAGAUGUACAAGAGCUACAAGCAACUCUCUGAUGGUCUAGCCACCAUGUUUGGCUCCUUCACCACCAUUGGUAACUGUGGAUCUCAAGAAAUGAAGGACUUCAUGAACGAGAGCAAGUUAAUAGAUCUUCUGAGUGACUCAGAUUAUGUUCCAACUUAUGAAGACAAAGAUGGCGACUGGAUGCUAGUCGGAGAUGUACCAUGGGAGAUUUUUGUUGAAUCUUGCAAACGUCUCCGCAUCAUGAAAGGAAAGGAGGCCAUUGGACUUGCACCAAGGGCCAUGGAGAAAUGCAAGAACAGAAGCUAAAGCAAGAGAAAACCAAAGGCUGCAGCUUCUCUCGAUUCGAUCUCGUCUCAACUUAUUCUAAUUAUCGAAGCAUCGAUGAUCUAGUAAAAGUUGAGAUUGGGAUAAAAGAUUCGAGGAACGAACGCAUGUUGGUUUGAUGGUUCGGGUGUUUCAUGUGUAUGAUUAAGUUGUAAUAUGGUUGUAUACCAAGAAGUGAAACCCUUUUUAAGUGGUAGUUUCAAUAUUGUGAUACAAACUUAUUUGUUUUUGAGUUGAAAAACUUGGCUUGAUUUGUCUAACAACCUUUGUUUAAGUAUUAUUGCUGGAUUUGGGUUUAAAUAAUGAACUCCUUUGUUUGGUUGCUUCUA